AUAUCGACACAAGAGACGAAUAUUCUUAUUUAGUUUUGCUCAUCGGCACAGGCUAUAGAAUCCCUCCAGAUUGAAUGAUUGCGCUAAUGAUCCUCCCCUCCCCUCCAUUACUAAGCUUGAAGGUCUGUGUCGCACAUAUAAUACCAAAAAUAUGCGAUAGAAACCCACCGUACGGAACAUGGCGUUCCUGGGAGGUAGCAAAGGGUGGUAAGGUGGCAGAGGAUUGGGAACUUGCCAAUCUGGGGGAAAGGUUCAUUGAGACUUCUGCAACGGCCACCAAAAUGAGUCGCGAGUAGGAAAUCUGGUAACUCGACGCAGCACCUUUUACAUGUCACGAGGCAUCCAAACCCCACCCACGCUCUCUAUAUUUUCGGCGGAAAGGUCGUCAA